AUGGCACAAAUUGACAAGAGGAUACCUCAAGUUGGUAUGAGAUUCAAAGAUUCAAAUGAGGCUUGGAUGUUUUGGGUAGAAUAUGGGGGUCACAUAGGCUUCGAUGUGAGGAAAAGAUGCACCAACAAAAGCAAAUUUGAUGGAAAGGUGACUUCAUGCAGAUUUGUUUGUUCCAAUGAGGGUCUUAGAAGGAAAUGUCAAACCGAACGUGAGCCAAAGCGUUUUAGAGCUGAAACAAGAACUGAUUGUCUAGUUCGGAUGGUUAUUACAUUGGAUCGAGCGACAGAAAAUUAUGAAAUUACUGAAGUUGUGUUGGAACACAACCACUACCUUCAAUUGCCACAAACCCGCCACUUGUUGGUUUCACAAAGAAAGAUUUCAGAACUGCAAGCUUUCGAGAUAGAAACCGCUGAUGAUUCUGGAAUUAUGCCAAAACCCGCACAUGAGUUUGCUUGUCGUAAAGUUGGUGGGCCGCUUAACCUUGGCUAUACUUGCCGGGACCAAAAGAAUCAUUUGCGAAGCAAGAGACAGAGAGAAUUGGCUUUUGGACAGGCUGGGAGUAUGUUGAAGUAUUUUCGCGACAAAGUUGCUGAGAAUCCAUCAUUUCAAUAUGCGUUGCAGCUCGAUUGUGAGGAGAAUAUUGCCAACAUAUUCUGGGUUGAUGCUAAAAUGUUACUUGAUUAUGCACACUUUGGUGAUGUCACAUUUGACACCACAUUUGGCACAAAUAAAGAGUAUAGGCCAUUUGGUAUUUUUCUUGGGCUCAAUCAGUUUAGAGAAACCACCAUUUUUGGUGCUGCCUUGAUGUUUGAUGAAACACGAGACUCGUUUAUAUGGCUCUUCGAGAGUUUUCUAGCAGCACAUAAUGGAAGACAACCUAGAACUAUUUAUACGGAUCAAGAUAUAGCAAUGGGAAAAGCUAUAGAGCAUGUCUUCACGCAAUCAUAUCAUGGAUUGUGCACCUUCCACAUAAUGCAAAAUGCUGUCAAACAUUUAUCUUCAGUGAAGGACGAAGAGGAAGAUGAAGUGGAAGAUGAAGAAAAGGAGACUCACAUUCUCACUGAUUUUGGUGCAUGUAUGUAUGGCUAUGAGGACAAGGCAGAAUUUGAAGAAGCGUUUGAUAAUAUGAGACAAAAGGUGCAUAAGCAAACUUGGUUAGAUAGUAUCUACAAGGUGAAGGAAAAAUGGGCUGAAUGUUAUAUGAGAGAUGUCUUCAGUUUGGGAGUGAGGAGUACACAACUAAGUGAGAGCUUCAACAAUGCAUUGAAGAAUCAUUUGAAAUCAGAUUUCCAUAUUGUUCGAUUCUUGAUGCACUUUGAGAGGACGAUGGAAGUGAAAAGAAGAAAGGAAUUGGAACCUGAAUUUGAGGCAAGGAAAAAAUUACCAAGAAUCAAAAUGUUCACACCUAUGUUGGUGCAAGCAAGCAAAGUGUAUACUCCAAUUAUUUUUGAAGCUUUCCAAGGUGAGUAUGAAAGAUCCAUGGCUGCAUGUUGUAGAGUAUUGGAUGGAAAUAACAAAUUUGGUGUUGCUAUUGGGAGUUUGCAUGGUGAUUUACAGUUCGAGGAGGAGCGCAUAGUGAUAGGUGAUCCUUUGACCCAAACCAUUUCAUGUAGUUGUGGAAUGUUCAAUAGGGCAGGAGUAUUGUGUGGACAUGGUCUCAAAGUUCUUGAUUUGCUGAAUAUAAAGACAAUGCCAACACAUUAUGUCUUAAAGAGAUUGACUAGAGAAGCACGCAAUGGAAGUAUACAAGAUAGGCAAGGAAGGAAUGUUGUAGAAAAUCCAAAACUAGAAGCUCAACUUCGGUACCAGGAUUUGUCUCAUAAAUUUCACAAUUUGGCACAUAAAGCAGCCAACUAUUUAGAAUGUUGUGUGCUAUUGGAGAAUGCACAUGAUUCCGUUGCUCCACAAAUAGAGGAUAAACUCAACGCAACUACUAGUGCUAUGAAUGAACCAUGUAAAGACAAGGAAAAUGUUGAACCAAAUGUCCAGCAAACAAAUGAGUUUCUUUGUUCCGCACAACUAAAGAAAAAAGAGGUUCAAUCAAGAAAUUUAAGGAGAAAGAAAGGUUGGCUUGAGAAGUUACUCAAGGGGAAGCGCAAGUCAACUAAAACUACCGCACCAACAAAAAAAGGAGCAAAAGCAACAAAAGAAGGGGAAGCCUCAAGUGGAAGUGGAGAAGGAUGA